GUAGAAACAACACAUUUGACCAUUGGGAUCGAAACCGCCGAUAACACUCUUCCCCUCGUCAAUUAUUGAAGAGAUCAAAGUGCGAUCACCAUGUCUUCAGAUGAGAUCGUCUGGCAGGUCAUCAACCAGCAAUUCUGCUCGUUCAAGCUCAAGACUACAAAAGAGAAGAACUUCUGCCGCAACGAAUACAAUGUCACCGGUCUCUGCAAUCGGCAAUCAUGUCCUCUCGCCAACUCCCGCUACGCAACCGUCCGCGCACACCCCGGCUCUGGCACCUUGUAUCUCUACAUGAAGACCAUCGAGCGCGCACACAUGCCUUCCAAGCUCUGGGAACGCAUCAAGCUAUCACAAAACUACGCACAGGCGCUAGAACAAGUUGACGAGCGAUUGAUCUACUGGCCGAAAUUCUUGGUUCAUAAGUGCAAGCAGAGACUUACAAGGUUGACGCAGGUUGGGAUUAGGAUGCGGCGGUUGGCGAAGGAGGAUGAGCGGUUGGGGGAGAAGCUGGUACCGAAGUUGGCGCCAAAGGUGAGGAGGAGGGAGGAGACCAGGGAGAGGAAGGCGGAGGCCGCGGCAAAGGUGGAGAGAGCUAUUGAAAGGGAACUCAUUGAGCGACUGAGGAGUGGUGCGUAUGGUGAUCAGCCGCUUAAUGUUAGUGAGGCGAUUUGGAAGAAGGUGCUUAAGGGUCUCGAGAGAGGAGGUGAGGGCACUAGGGAUGAGGAUUUGGACGAAGGGAUUGAGGAGGAAGAGUUGGAGGAGGAAAAUGAAGAAGAGUUUGAGGACGAAGAGGGUGUUGGUGAUGUGGAGUAUGUCAGUGAUUUGGGUGAGGAUGAGGAGGAUCUUGGCGAUCUUGAGGAUUGGCUGGGCAGCGAGGAAGAUGCCGAGACUGGUGAUGAGGACGAGGAAGACAGCGAGGAGGAUAGCAGCGAAAAGGACGAGAAGGCUGGCGCAAAGAGGAAGAAGGGCCCAGUGUCGAAAGCCAAGCCGAAAAAGAAAUUCCCAAGGAUGGAGAUCGAGUACGAGGAGGAAGUGGAGGCUCCACAACGGGAGCUUGCAUUGGCUUGAGCUGGGUAUUUCAUGCAUGGUGUUUGGGAAACGAAACGUGGUCACGGUGGGGUAUUUUGUAGACGACUGGCACCAGGCGCUGUAGAUUUGCCCAGAUAUUGAUGAUAAAUUGAACAGUCGAAGAAGUACUGUAGCACUAUCAUUUGCAUUGGAUAUCCUGUUGGCGUGACUGUAUGUACGAACUUAUGAAUAUUCCGGCCAG